GACCCUGCAGGCUCACAGGGGCAGCUCCAGAGGAGAAGUUGUGUUUGCAACAGGGGAAGGAACACCUGGGCAGGAGCUGAUCUAGGAAGUGCUUGUUUUCUACAGGAACGGUGACUCCAAGGGUGGAAGAUGCUGGAUAAGGCCACUCUGCUCCUGUUCCUGCAUUUAGUUGCAUGCUCCAUCUCCUCUCCUCUCUACCCAGCUCUCAGGUACAGUCCAGGGCCAGUUGCUGGCAAGGCCAUGAGCUUCCAGCUCCAGCACAGCAGCCCACUGCAGAGCCAGAACCCCUCGGCAGAGGAACAGGAGGAGGAGGGUUUGUUAGCAGACCCCACUGGGAAAAGGAUGCAGCGCCAUGCCGAUGCCAUAUUCACCGACAACUACCGGAAAUUCCUGGGGCAGAUUUCCGCCCGCAAAUUCCUACAGACCAUCAUUGGCAAACGGCUCGGAAGCAGCAGGAGCAGCCCGGGAGAAGGGGUGCAGGAGUUCCUGACAAGGCGCCAGUCUGACAGCAUCCUGAUGGACAGCAGCUACCAGCACCACAUGGUCCUGAGGGACUUCCUGGGAGCCAUCCUGCAGAACCAGAGGCCUCAGGACAUGGACAGCAGUCGGUUAGAAGGCUUUCCCAGCACCCUGGCUAAGCUCAUGUAAAUACUUCUGCCUUUUCCAUCUCCCCACACUCUG